AUGAAUCCUCUGCACAAUCCUGUGUCUUUUCAUUCCAACACUCAUCUCGAUGAUUAUUUAUCAUCUUGUGAUCCUUCCUUGCUGCACCGUGGGUACUCUCGUUUGUCUUCUGAUGGGUUGCUGCCGCAUCCUGCGGCAAUCAAUCAUCACGCACGAGAAUCUCAUAUACCUUAUACACUAUCUCAUCUGGACUCAACUACACGUCUGGAACAUCCAAUUCAUGUUCAUCGUUCCAUGUCCGAAUCUGUCAUCACGCAAUUGAUUACUCGAAUUUCUCAUAUUCGGUUGUAUGCUGUAAUUACGCAAUUGGAUGACGUACUGCACGUACACUCACAAGGUUUGCCUGCGAUUAUUCACAUUCAUGCCAUUCCGAGUCAAUCACAUUCUAUUAAAUUUCUUCUCGAAUUACAACAUUUACCACCUGCCUCUUCAUCUCUUUUUUCUUUAAUUCAACAACUGUGUCACCUGGUUUUCUCAUCUGACAAUAUCAUUUUUUCUUGUGGUAAUCUUCAGCAGUCCUUAGCUCUGUUUGAAUCAUUCAAUCUCUUCUCGUUAUCUCAACUUAUUCAUGUGUUGGAUUUACAGUCUCUUUUUGCGACUCAUUGGAAUUCUCUGCAUCCGCACACCGCGGAGUGCUUAUCUCACCCGACUGUCGUUUCCGAUGACUGUGAAACUGACGACACGUUAGUUUGUUUAGUGAACACAGAUGACCUCGAAAUUGACUCACUUCAUGCGAAUCUUCUCGAUGAUUACUCUGGAUGUACAUGUCCCUCUGACAUUCGUCCAUAUAAAGGAUCUCAGUCUCUAGAACUGCCUUUGAUUUCUAAUCUAUGGUCAUGUGGUUUGGACUUUGUUCUCACUCCUUGUGUGUCCUUAGAUGAUCAGACCAUUCGACAAAACCUUGUUUCUCAUCUUGUUCAAACUGCUGAUGCCUACACCAGCUUAUAUUUCUUUCUGGGUAAUUCUGUGCCUUCGUUGAUAGCGAAACUGCAGGACUCCCAGGACAACAACUGGGAUGAGUACUUGCAAGCGGUCGUGUUCGCGUAUAAUACAGGUACACAUAAGACGACAAAAUAUUCUCCUUACGAGCUUCUCUAUGGACGUGCUCCUCGUCUACCGAUUACUAUCCGCCCAUCACAUUUUACCUUUUCGAAGCCCAAUGACUACUUUGAGCAGCUACGCAAGACGUUACGCAUUUAUCAGCAGGCUGCACAUGAUCAUAUACUUAGCCAACAGAGCCAUGCCAAACGACGCUAUGAUCUUAAUCGAGCCGAUCCGCAUUAUUGUAUUGGAGAUAGUGUUCUUAUAAGAUUACCUGGUAAUCGAGGAAAGUUAGAUCCUAGAUUCUCACUUGUCCCACACAUAAUUACUGCGGUGAAUCAUCCUACCUAUGAAGUACAGGAUCUCGAGACGGACACCUAUACUCAAGUUCAUAUAUCUAUCUUACCAGUAACAUUCACUGCAAUGAAUUUUAUGCACAAUCCUGUGUAUUUUCAUUCCAACACUCAUCUUGAUGAUUAUUUAUCAUCCUAUGAUCCUUCCUUGUUACACCGUGGGUCUUCUCGUUUGUCUUCUGAUGGGUUGCUGCCGCAUCCUGCGGUAAUCAACCAUCACACACGAGAAUCUCAUAUACCUUAUACACUAUCUCAUCUAGACUCAACUACACGUCUGGAACAGCCAAUUCAUGUUCAUCGUUCCAUGUCCGAAUCUGUCAUCACGCAAUUGAUCACUCGAAUUUCUCAUAUUCGGUUGUAUGCUGUGAUUACGCAACUGGAUGAUGUACUACACGUACACUCACUAGGUUUACCUGCGAUUAUUCACAUUCAUGCUAUUCCGAGUCAAUCACAUUCUAUUAAAUUUCUUCUCGAAUUACAACAUUUACCAUCUGCCUCUUCAUCUCUUUUUUCUUUAAUUCAACAACUGUGUCACCUGGUCUUCUCAUCUGACAAUAUCAUUUUUUCAUGGGGUAAUCUUCAGCAGUCUUUAGUUCUGUUUGAAUCAUUCAAUCUCUUCUCGUUAUCUCAAUUUACUCAUGUGUUGGAUUUACAGUCGCUUUUCGCGACUCAUUGGAAUUCUCUGCAUCCGCACACCGCGGAGUGCUUAUCUCAUCCAACUGUCGUUUCCGAUGACUGUGAGACUGACGACACGUUAAUUUGUUUAGUGAACACAGACGACCUCGAAAUUGACUCACUUCGUGCGAAUCUUCUCGAUGACUACUCUGGAUGUACAUGUCCCUAUGACAUUCGUCCAUAUAAAGGAUCUCAAGUAAAAUGGUCUUUGCACAAGGCACUUGAUUCUGUUUUUCAUCAGUCUCUAGAACUGCCUUUGAUUUCUAAUCUAUGGUCACAUGGUUUGGACUUUGUUCUCACUCCUUGUGCGUCCUUAGAUGAUCAGACCAUUCGACAAAACCUUGUUUCUCAUCUUGUUCAAACUGCUGAUGCCUACACCAGCUUAUAUUUCUUUCUGGGUAAUUCUGUGCCUUCGUUGGUACCUUCGAAUUCUCCGGUUUCAUAUUCUCUUUCGGUGGCCUCUCCGUCCUUGCCGAUAUUCUAUCUUCUCGCUGACAGUCACGGAAGACAUCUUCCGUCGACUAUCACCACCUCCACCUAUACACUGAUUAACACGACUGUUUCCGGUCUUCACUGGUUUCACCCCACUCGGCAGAAUUUGUCCGUACAGUCCUUGAUCUCUUCUCCGGAAAUUUUCUCACACUUAUCGUCAUGUCAACGACUUUUACUUUUGGUUGGCACAAAUUCUGCUCGCAAUACUCCCGCAUCUGUGAUUAUCGAACAAAUUUCGAAUAUUGUCGAUACGAUCCGAUCUCGUCAUAGCCAGUUAUCAUCAACGCGUGCUAUUGCCAUUGCGAUGGUAUUCCCAUGUUACAAAACGUCUACUAUCUUUCCUUCACUUACUGCGUUAACUCGCAAUAUCCAAGACUAUCAUGCCCUCCUUCAUGAUUUGUCUAUUUCUCACCGUUUUCUUCUGGUGAAUUUACAAAUACAGGACAUUCACAUUAGCCGUGAUCGUUUACAUGUCCACAAUCGUUAUUCUUCCUUGUUAUCUGAUAACAUUAUCCGGUCGUUUACUCAUUCCUCGUUGUCCACAAACCAACGUAGAUCUAUCGCCGCUCGUCGCCGUCGAUACACGAAACGACGUACUCAACUCAAGCUUCAACGACACCAAUCACUUUAA